AUGGCAGACAAGGAUGGCUCCGUGCGCCGCUAUAUGCGCCGUAGUUUCGGCCCUGGUGUGGCCCUGGCGGUUCUGGUCACCACCGUGUUGGUCGCCUGGUUCCGGCUGGCACCUGGUUCUGCUGGCCGCCAGGUGGACACCGAUGCCGGCAUGCCAGCCUGGUGGCCCGGCGCGGCCGAGCUCGCCGUCGUGCGCAGGCCCGGCCCUCUGGCGCACACGUCGGUGCUGCGCGAGGACACUCUGGCGUUCCUCCGGGCUCGGCACCGGACGUCGGCGCAGGUUUACAAUAACCGCCUGCCUCGCGCCCUGAUGCCCGAGCACUACGACAUCGAGAUGAGGCCUCGCUUCGCGGCCGAGGCUGCAGCAGCGACGGACGACGACGACGACACCUUCACGGCCACCGUGGCCGUGCGCGUGCUUUGCGUGCAGCCAACCAACACGGUGGUCGUGCAUGCCGGCAAGUUCAACUACACAGCCGUCUCGGGCGGACCAGCCGUGCAGGUGUGGGAGGCAUCCAGUCCACUCAGUCAGGUGGCUGUCACUUCCGUCGAGAAGGGCGACGGUCUGCUUACCGUCUCGCUUGCAUCCAGUCUCGAAGCUGGCAACAAGUACGUCGUGCAGAUUCACUUCAGCGGACGCCUGGGUGACACUCGAGGGUUCUACAAGUACCACUACACCUCGGCGGACAGGAAUCAACACCUUCUCGUGACGUUCUUCGAGCCGACGUUUGCCCGGGAAGCGUUCCCGUGCUUCGACGAGCCGGACAUGAAGGCCACUUUCACCGUGGUAGUGGUCCGGCCAGAGGCAUACCACUCCAUAUCCACAAUGCCGCUGGUGCGCUCCGAAGGCAGAGCGGGCGGAUACGUGGCGGACCACUUCAUGACGAGUGUCAAAAUGUCGACCUACACACUCGCCUUCAUGAUCAGCAACUACACUGCCACGAGGAAUGGAAAGGUGUCCGUGUGGACGCGGCCCGACGAAGCAGACCAGGCUGGCUAUGCUGCCGAGAUCACACCUAUGAUUAUCGACUACUUUGAACGACUCCUGGAUGUGCCCUACGUCCUGCCCAAAAUUGACCUGGCUGCGCUUCCGUCAUUCCUGGUUGACGCCAUGGAAAAUUGGGGACUCCUCACUUUCCACAGGAACAGCCUACUCUUCAGUGACACCAAGGACGCCGUCACGCACAAAGUGGUCAUAGCAACGGUUAUCUCGCACGAACUGGCGCACCAGUGGUUCGGCAACCUGGUGACAAUGCGAUGGUGGAACGACGUGUGGCUCAACGAGGGCUUCGCAUCUUACAUGCAGUACCUGGGCGUCGACGCCGUUCAUCCAGAGUGGGGCAUUCUGAACCAGUUCACCGUGACCGACAUGAUGCCCAUCAUGAAGGCGGAAUACAACACCGAGAGCCACCCUUUGUCUGUGGACGGGAACUUCUCCACCGAACUGGACAGCCUGUUUGACCGAAUCGUCUACAACAAGGGACCGUCUAUCGUGCGAAUGAUGUCAUACUUCCUCUCGCCUCCGAUCUUCCUCAAGGGCCUCAGGGCUUACCUAAAGAAGUACAGCUUCGGCAACGCGGAUCAGGACCAACUCUUCGCGGCACUCACCAAGGCCCAACCCGAAGGUGGUCCCCGUGUCCGAGUGGACGUCAAGGAAGUGAUGGACACGUGGACCAGGCAGCCUGGUUACCCGGUGGUGGACGUUGUGCGAGACUACGAAGCGCGCACAGCCUUACUCACCCAGAGGCACCACUGCGUCAGGCCCGACGAGUCAAGAUUUUGGAUCAUUCCUAUCACGUACACAGAUGCUGAACACAAGAAUUUUACUAACACGGAAACCGUCAUGUGGAUGAAAACUAAAAAAGCCAUGCUGCAAAAUCUUCCCGAGAAGAACGAGUGGAUCAUUGUGAACCUGCAGUCGGCCGGCUAUUACAAGGUCAACUACGACGUGGAAAACUGGGAACUUCUUCGACGACAACUGCUCGUUGCUCCUGAGGUGAUACCCGUGCUCAACCGUGCGCAGCUGAUUCAAGAUGCAAGUGACCUGGCUCACUCUGGAGACUUGAGCUACGCGGUGGCCAUGGACAUUCUGGACUACGUGCGUCGCGAGACGGCGUACGCGCCGCUCAAGACGUCCCUGAACACGGUCGAGGCGCUCGACGGCCGCUUGCGAGCUACGGACUUCUACGGCAAGUGUGCUCUGCGACGUGACCUGACGGGCACGCUGGUGACGCUGUGCCACGGCAUUCGGCUGGGCGACAACACGGACUGGCGCUUCCUGGCUGACCACAUCCGCGACGCGAGCAGCGCCGAAGAGGCCCACGUCAUCGUCAGCGCCCUGGGGUGCACCGGCGAAACCAAGAACUUGCUCAGCUUGCUGUCGUUCUCCAUGCGCAACAUGACGAGCCUGAACAAGAACAUGGAGAGCUCAGUGGGCUACUUCUUCGAGAGCGCCUCCUACUCCAACAAGGGCAGUGACCUCACUCUCAAGUUCUUCAUUGAAAACUGGAAAGCGCUGCUGGACAAGUACGGCCAGAGCCCAUCGCUUAAGGACACCAUCUGGUUUGCGAUACAAGGCAUUCGCAAAAGUGAAGACCUCAAACAGAUGGAGCACUUCUUGGCGACUAACGUGGAGAGCAAGAAGACGGGCAAGAAGCUGACGCGCACUUUCCAGACAGCGCUGGAUUUGGCCCGGGCCAACAUCAACUGGGUGCGCAAGAAUGCACGGGUCAUCGAGAACUGGCUCGACAACAAGCUCGCUCACUUGGACGAUGAGGGAGCCAACAAAGAUGCCCCGCCUGCAGCCGGAGCCUAACAUUGCUGCCUGAGGCGCUGAUAUGGCCGAAGAAUAAAGCCCGCGCACGCGGGGAAAAUUGCGAAGCUUUAC